AGACUUCAUUUCCCAGUAGGCUGCGCAGCCCGGCUGCUGGCGGGACCGGCGCUGCCGCGCUGGCUGCGGAGAGUGACUUUGUGAGCGUCUGUCCCGGUCGUGGGGAUGGCUUCGUUCGUGACGGAAGUUCUGGCACACUCGGGGAGUCUGGAGAAGGAGGAUCUGGGCACACGGAUCAGCCACCUGACCCGGCGGGUGGAGGAGAUCAAGGGUGAAGUAUGCAGUAUGAUUAGCAAGAAGUACAGUGAAUUCCUGCCCAGCAUGCAGAGUGCACAGGACCUGAUUACCCAGGUGGAUAAGCUGUCUGAUGAUAUUGACCUGCUGAAAUCCAGAAUAGAGAGUGAGGUCCGCCGGGAUCUUCACGUAUCAACUGCUGAAUUUACAGACUUGAAGCAACAGUUGGAAAAAGACUCAGUAGUCCUAAGUUUGCUUAAACAGCUACAAGAGUUUUCUACAGCUAUUGAAGAAUAUAAUAGUGCAUUAGCAGAGAAGAAGUAUGUCACUGCUGCUUUGCGUCUAGAAGAGGCACAGAAAUGCUUGAAGUUACUAAAAUCCAGAAAAUGCUUUGAUUUAAAAAUGUUGAAAUCUCUCAGCAUGGAGCUCACCAUACAGAAACAGAACAUACUCUAUCAUCUUGGCGAAGAGUGGCAGAAGCUGAUUGUGUGGAAGUUCCCACCAUCAAAAGGUGCUGCUGACCUCAGCCUCUUGGCAUUUUCUAUUCUUGGAGAGCUACAUACCAAGCUUAAAUCAUUUGGGCAGAUGCUGCUGAAGUAUAUCCUUAGGCCUCUGGCAUCUUGCCCCUCCCUUUUUGCUGUGGUAGAAAGCCAGCCUAACAUCAUCAUCAUUCGUUUUGAAUCUGUGAUGACUGACUUUGAGCAUCCAUCACCAUCUGAAGUUUUUGCAAAGGUCAGGCUGGUACUGGAAGUGCUCCAGAAACAUCUUCUAGAUUUGCCUCUUGAUACUGAUCAAGAAAAUGAAAAAACAUCUAAGAUCAUAUUGGCUGAGAUGCUUGGUGACAUGAUCUGGGAGGACUUGUCUGAGUGCCUCAUUAAAAACUGUUUGGUUUAUUCUAUCCCAACAAAUAGCAGCAAGUUACAGCAAUAUGAGGAGAUCAUACAAUCCACUGAAGAAUUUGAAAAUGCCUUAAAGGAGAUGAGGUUUUUAAAAGGAGAUACUACUGAUUUGCUAAAAUAUGCCCGUAACAUUAAUUCUCAUUUUGCUAAUAAGAAGUGUCAGGAUGUGAUUGUGGCGGCUAGAAACCUAAUGACCUCUGAAAUUCACAACACUGUGAAGAUUAUUCCUGACUCUAAGAUCAGUGUGCCUGACUUACCCACCUCUGAUGAGGAUGACAAGCUACAAAUACAGAAAAUGUCCACAACUCAGUACAAUGAAAUGGUGAAUUUACAGCCUGAAAAUACAUUGGACCAACAUUCCUUUUCUUUGCCCACUUGUCGUGUUAGUGAAUCUGUGAAGAAAUUAAUGGAACUUGCUUACCAGACUUUACUAGAGGCAACAACCAGUAGUGAUCAAUGUGCUGUUCAACUUUUCUACUCAGUGAGGAAUAUCUUCCAUUUGUUUCAUGAUGUUGUACCAACAUAUCACAAGGAGAACCUUCAAAAACUUCCCCAAUUGGCUGCCAUUCAUCAUAACAACUGUAUGUAUAUUGCUCAUCACUUGCUGACCCUCGGGCAUCAGUUCAGAUUACAUCUUGCCCCCAUUCUUUGUGAUGGCACUACUACUUUUGUGGAUCUUGUACCUGGCUUCAGGAGACUUGGGACAGAAUGUUUUUUGGCCCAGAUGCGGGCACAGAAAGGAGAACUUCUGGAAAGAUUAUCAAGUGCUAGGAACUUUUCAAGCAUGGAUGAUGAAGAGAACUAUUUUGCAGCAAGUAAAGCAAUCCGUCAGGUCCUGCACCAACUAAAGAGACUUGGAAUUGUAUGGCAGGAUGUCCUGCCAGUGAACAUAUAUUGCAAGGCUAUGGGGACUUUACUCAAUACAGCAAUUUCUGAGAUUAUUGGCAGAAUCACUGCCCUGGAGGACAUCUCUACUGAAGAUGGUGAUAGAUUGUAUUCCUUAUGCAAAACAGUGAUGGAUGAAGGACCCCAAGUAUUUGCACCUCUCUCUGAAGAAAGCAAGAACAAGAAAUAUCAAGAAGAGGUUCCAGUCUAUGUGCCAAAAUGGAUGCCAUUCAAAGAACUGAUGAUGAUGUUACAGGCCAGCUUGCAAGAAAUUGGGGAUCGGUGGGCAGAUGGAAAAGGACCCUUGGCAGCUGCAUUCUCUUCCAGUGAAGUAAAAGCUUUAAUCCGUGCCUUGUUCCAGAAUACAGAAAGAAGAGCAGCUGCUCUUGCUAAGAUUAAAUAAGCACCAUUCCUAAGAAAGCCAUGUCUUGACUAUGUGGAUUCCUCUCUUGACAUAAUUACUUCUUUAAAGACUUCGUGGAAUCACCCAUUGGUUUUGGUGAACCAAUAUGUAAUGGAAGAACCUGGCCUCCAAUUAGGGAAUCCAGGAGAUUCCAAGGGUCAGGGUACAGAAUUUGUGAGCAAAUGGGAGAUGUAUUUUGGGAGGUAGGGGAACAUAUUUGGCCUUGUAGGAAUUAAGACUUCCUUUAACAUUUCUUUCCAAUAAAUAAUGCUUUGAAA